GUCAAUUUCUUUUAAAAGAUCUAUAAGCACUUUCUUCGGAAUGGAUCCAAAUUUUAACGAAGUGUAUAGACAAGCCUAUACGAAUGUGCCUAACUAUGCUAUAGGAUUGGCUCUUGGAUACUUAAUAUAUGAUUUACAAAGAAGCAAUUUUCAAAUAGAAAAAUAUAAGAAGUACCGCUACAUGUACUGGGCAUUGCUACCUGCGUGCUUAGUACCCAUGUUCCUUGGUAGCGUAUUUUACGGCCCAACGCGACACCCUGUAUAUCUGCAACUGCUUUAUGCUGUUAUAUCUAAGCCAUACUUUGGUUUGCUGGUUGCUAUCAUAAUAUUCGGAUUUGUGUUUAAAUACGAAAAUGUAUACCGCGGCUUCUUCGAAUGGUCGAAUUGGAGAGUGUUGAGCCGCCUCUCGUACUGCGCGUUCCUUGUGCACUUUCUUAUCAUCAGACUGUACACAGCCAGCCAAACCCAACUCACACACAUUACUGUCUAUACAAAUGUGGCGAUGGUGACGGGCUUUAUCAUCAGCAGCUUUGCAAUUGCGCUACCGCUGUGGCUGCUGGUUGAAGCUCCCUCUACCGGCCUCCUCCAGUACUACACUACCAAUAAUCUACCAGAGACAUCGAAGUCUGAAAAGUUUAAAAAUACUUAA